ACGGCGAGGGAGAGCGCGGGCCAGAGGUGAAGGGAGAUGGCGACGCCUUGUUCGAAUUGGGAUUGGCAGGUUGCUUUGGAGAGGGAGAUGGGGAGUUAGUCACUGCCUCUCUCGCUUUUCUUGACCGGUGUCGCAAAGCUUACCUGGGGUGGGGGUAGCCAUGAUUGCAGUUUGGUUAUUUUGUGGUUGAGAUUAUGAAGCUUUCGGUAUGCAGAGAGUGGUGUUGCGCGAGGGUGCGACGUGGAAAGCGCAAAGGAUCGUGAAGUUGGGCGAUGCUGAAUUUAUUUUUGGCGGAGGAGGAGGGGCAAUGUUGACUUUUUUUCCAGUCGAGACUUUUGGAAAGAUCUUUUUCCGAUUUCUCGGCUCCAAUUGCGGGAUGAGUGGGGCAUGCGGUUUCCUGGGCAGGGUUAGGGUCGAGGUCGAGUUAGACUUUGGUCCUUGCUUCUAUGACGACAUUAACAUUGAGCUCUGUACGCCUUCAGUUUUCCAAUUCCUGCCGAGGCUCAUUUUAACGGCGGCAAUUACUUCGAUGUUAUUCUGGCACCUUGUUCAAGAGCCACGGUAAGAGUAUGAGUGAUAUUGGUGAUGUAUAAAUCAGACGAAGUGAGAAAUCGCC